CGCCGUUUAUGUGUUGCUUAAACUCUAACAUUCUAAUUGGCUGUAUUGUUUUUGGGAAGAUAAAUGAAGACACUUCACGAUAGGAUCAAUGAACUUGUCUCUCUGUAUACUAAAAGUUCACCCCUACUGGACGACAACUCUGUUAGCGUAGAAUACCUGUUAGACACAAUCGUUUGUCUGUCUUACGAAUGCAAACUCCCUCAACACAAAAAUGAGAGGAACUGUAUAAAGUUCUAUAAUGCUGUUAAAAAAUAUGUCGAAAAGAUUGAGAGUUGUUGGAUAUCAAAGUCGGAAUUCGAGACUAUAAGGCUAAUAGGAUCUGGGGCUUUUGGAGAUGUAUCAGUUGUUAAAUGGAAAAAUGAUGGAAAGAUAUAUGCUCUGAAAUCCCUCCAUAAAUAUGACAUGCUUAAACGUUCAGAUAGAGCAUGCUUUCAAGAGGAGCGUGAUGUUAUGGUGAAGGCAAUGGUCAGUAAAUCCCAGUGGCUAGCCAAAUUACAUCACACAUUUCAGGAUGAAAAGUUCUUGGUAACCUUCUUUUUUAUUUUGUAACAAACAAUAAGUAUUUUCUAAUGGAUUUUUACAAUGGUGGGGAUAUGCUUACUAUGUUAAGCAAGUUUGACGACAGGAUACCUGAAAACAUUGUACAGUUUUACGUUUCCGAAAUGGUUUUGGCUAUUGACUCUUUGCACCAGCUAGGUUACGUUCACAGAGAUAUAAAGCCAGAUAACGUGUUGUUACAAAGUUCAGGUCAUAUUGUCCUUGCUGAUUUUGGUUCCUGUUUAAAACUUGGGGAAAAUGGGUUAGUGAAGAACAAUACAGCCGUCGGAACGCCAGACUAUAUAUCACCCGAAAUUUUGCGAGCUUCCGAAGAUGGUCAGGGGACUUAUGGUGUUGAAUGUGAUUACUGGUCGCUCGGAGUUGUUAUGUAUGAAAUGCUCUUUGGAGAAACUCCUUUCUACAGUGAAAAUCUGAUUGAAACUUAUGGUCACAUUAUGAAUUUUGAGAAACAUUUCACUAUUCCAACUGAUUGUAUAAAAAUUUCCGAAUCAGCAUGUGACCUAAUGCGGCAUUUAAUUUGUGACCGGAAACGAAGAUUUGGUCGAAAUGGAAUAGAUGACAUAAAAAACCAUGCUUUUUUUAAAGGCAUAGAUUGGGAACACAUUCAUGAACAAAACCCUCCGUAUAUUCCCGAAGUCACCAGUCCAGACGAUACUUCCAAUUUUGAUAUUGAACAGUCUUCUCGGAAUCACGAAGGGCCACCACUUGGACCGAUCUUUCGAGGAUGUCAGGUUGCUUGUAUUGGAUUUACAUUUACCAACAACUCACCAUUGAAUGAAUUAGGUCCUGCACACUAUAAAAUGAUAUCGGACGACAAAUUGGAAUGUACUGAGGAAAAUUCAAAACCCAAAUGCUUAGAUUCACACAGUUUAGAUGACCCUUCUUUACCGUUAUCAUUGGAUGACGGUGAAAAGUUAAAGCCUUCAGAUGCAUCAAAGUUCGAGAGUGGGACAGAUGAAUCAUCAUCUUUCACUGAACUAAUUGAAUCCUUGAGGACAAAAUGUAAAACUUAUGAAAUGCAAAUAAUGGAAUUAAAAGACACGUUGUCGUAUUAUCGAGAAUCGAAAGAUGAUGAUCAACUGUCUGUCAAGUUAGAUUCGGACCCUACAAUAAUUAAUUUGGAAAAGCAAGAUGUAUCGUUAGAUAAUACUUCAACAGUUAAUGAUAUCACACGACAAGUUGAACUUUUGUCUCAAAAACUUAAGGAAUCAGAAGCUCAAAAUCAACUUAUUUCAGCUACUGUCAAUUUGCUUAGAAAUGAACUCUCAGAACAACAUGAGAUAAGAGAAAAGCUACAGUCUGAAGUACGUGCAUUCGAAGAAGAAAAUGAAUCACUAUGUAAGCGUGCCGCGGAUGCUCAGUUGGCUAUCAGAUUGUUGGAGUCAGAGCAUAAUGAAUUGUUAUGUGAAUUAACUCGAUUACGUGGAGAAUCAACUUUACAUCGUCAAUACAACAAUCAUACUGUAUUAGAUGAUACACAUAAUUUAGUGCAUAAAAAUGAAUCUAGAAGCUUAGAAAAUAGCAUAAAAAAUCAAAUCUCCAUAUCGUCGUCUUCAUCGUCAUCUUCAACCAAUCUAUUUAAUGGAACACAACAUUUACAUAUGAACAACCAUUCAUCAGAUUCGGAUCUACAAGAACGUUUACAUGAAAGUGAAACUAAACUAAAACGAGUCAUGGAAAAUUUGAUAGCAGUAAAAACUGAAGCACAAAAUUUGAAAUUAGGCUGGCAGUCGGAACAAAAAGAAUGGAUGAAAGAACGUGAGAUGUUAGAAGAGAAAAUUAAAAUAUCCGUUAAUCAAAAGACAAUCGCUUUGGAAGAAGAGCUAAGAACACUGAAAGAUAAUAAUGCCGAACUUGAAAAUAAUAUAACUAACUGGGAACGCCAUUUAUUCGAGUUAAACCAGUGGGUUGAUGAUGAACGUGAAGCUAAAGAAAAACUUCAUAAUUUUACAAAGCGUUUAGUGUCUGAAUUGGAUACACUUCGUAAUUCAGGUUUGGUACAAGAUUACAAUCAGGAUGCUUUAUGCCCAAAUAAUUACCAAUCGUCAUGGCGUGCAAAUGAUUUAAAUUCUUAUGAUAGUCCUGCACAAAGUGUUAUUGGUGAAAGUACAUUGGACUGGCGUCAACGCAAAUCUACCAAAUUAAAUAAAAUGGAAAGAUGGAGUCAUGAAGUAGCUUUAAACAAUGAAGUAAGAGCAAGGGAACAAGCGGAACUACGUUUGCAAGAAGUUGAAGCUCGUUUGAAAGAGAUGUACGAUCAAAAUAAUCAAAAGGAUUUAAAAAUUAAAGAACAAGAUCGUAUUAUUGAACAUUUGAAUGAACAAUUACUGGAUGUCUCCAACCAGGCACGUUUAUGUCGUAUGAAUAAUGAUACUAUCAACGAUGCAUCUAAUUUUAUGCCGAAAUCAACUUCGGAUAGGAACACAGUGGACAACAGGCGUUCUUUACCUUCACUUGAUAUUAACAGCCCAUAUACAUCGACACCAGCACAGCAAAGCUCAUGGACAACUUUAGAUGCUUCUGGAGCAUCUCAAACAUCAACUUCUACACACAAAUUUACUUUCGCUACAUUCAUACAACCAACAAAAUGUUACGUUUGCGGCAGUUUGAUACUCGGUCAAAAGUGGCAAGGUGUCCAAUGUCAAGAUUGUCAACUAAAAUGCCAUUAUCGGUGUCGUAUAUCUGUACACAUUGCUUGUACUAUGCCAAAUUUCAGUUGCAAUGAUACCUCCCAUGGUUUCGGUUCUGAUUUUGAAAGUGAUGUAAAGAUGCCCAAACUGGGUGGGAUCAAACGUGGAUGGAUAAAAUAUCGUGUAUUUUUAUCUGAUAAGCGCCUAUUCUUUUACGAUUUUGUUUCAGAAUCGUCGAAUGUUUCAGCUUUAAAUGGAAGUGGCAAUACAUUAUCUCCAUCUUUCCAAAAUUUUCAACGAUCAAGUAACUAUAAUGUAUCGUUGAAUUCUUUAAAUGUAUCGACAAAUUCCAUGUUCCAGUCGAACAGUCCAACUCGAAUUAUUGAUUUACGUAGUCCGGGAUUUUCUGUAUCUUAUGUUACUGCAGCUGAUGUAAUCCAUGCAAAGCAACAAGAUAUCCCAAAAAUAUUGAAGGUUACUGUGGAUGAUUAUAUCCCAAACGCACCAUUAUUUUUGUUGUUUGAAAGUGCUGCACUUUGUGAACGUUGGUUUAAGCUUAUUCAAGAUGUAUCAAAAUUAGUACAACGUCAUAUUAGUGCUGAUGGUGAAUAUCAGCUUUCAUCUAUAAAUUAUUAUCAAUGUAUAGAUAUUUUGAAACGAUUAUGA